AUGGUGGUGUUGGAGGAGAACAAGAAGAAACCAGAAGAAGGAACCAAAACUUUGGGAUAUCACAUUCCUAGGGAGAAGAUCCUUAUCAUUUUCAGCACUUCAAAGGGAGUACUCUUUCCAAGAAAGGAAAAUAUCGCGCAGAAUGAAGAUGGAAAUCGCGACGAACAGUUGAUACGCAUCUUAUCAACACCAAAUCGCUACGAUCGUACGAUGAAAACACACACGCAUACAUGGUUACCAGCUAGUACCACCACCACCACGGUCGGUUACGCCGGCCGACGACUCGAUGACACCAAGGACGAGAGCCGACACCGACGUCGGUGA